CUGGUCUUGCCCUGUUGCUCAGUACGAACAGCAAGCACCCACAAUAGGUUGGUGUAACGGAUUUCUGUGAGGUUGGAUUUGGAGGCUGUGGACUGUUCCUUGAAAUUGUCUCGGAUUAUCUGAUAUUGAUUUGAUAUUCAACGGAUCAUGGCGACCAGGACGGCACAGCAGACAUCCUCGGGUCUCCCUGACUUCCUGCAGUUCAACGACCUGGCCAGUGAAACUGCAGGUGGAAAGGUCAUAUUUGCCACAGAUGAAUGGUUCGCCCCUGCUCAGAACCUCUUGAAGAGAGAGACCCCUGAGUUCAUAGCGACAGCGUUUACUGAGUUUGGGAAGUGGAUGGAUGGUUGGGAAUCAAGGAGGAAGAGAAUUCCAGGGCAUGACUGGUGCAUCGUAGCGCUGGGGGUGCCGGGGGUGGUGCAUGGCCUUGACAUCGACACCUCGUUCUUCACAGGGAACUAUGCCCCCUCGGCCUCCGUGCAGGCUGCAUGUUUAGAGAGGCCACCAGCUCUUAGUCUGGAGGGAGACCGCACUGGCAUGGCAGCCUCUGAGGAGGAGCUCAGACGAGCUGCUGAGUUGCAUUCUGAGAAUUGGGAGGAGCUUGUUCCCGUGACGAAGAUGAAACCAGGAUAUGCUGACUCCUGUCACAACUACUUCCAUGUGAAUUCCUCACGAAGGGUCACUCACAUCAGGCUCAACAUGUACCCAGACGGGGGCAUCGCCAGGCUGAGGGUGUAUGGCGUGGGGCAGAGGGACUGGUCCACUGUGUCUCCCAGAGAGGAAGUGGACCUGGUUGCGCUGGUCAAUGGAGGGGUGUGUCUUGGCUACACAGAUGCCCACUUUGGUCACCCGCGCAACAUGAUUGGUUUGGGCCGAGCCCCCAACAUGGGAGACGGGUGGGAGACAGCAAGACGUCUGGACAGGCCUGCAGUGCUGGAGAUGGACGGCCAGGGCAUCCUCCAGGUGCCGGGCUCAGAGUGGGCGGUCCUCAGGCUGGGUCAUCCUGGGGUCAUCCACCGCAUCGAGAUCGACACCAACCACUUCAAAGGAAAUUUCCCAGACUCCUGUAGGCUAGAGGUGUGCCGUUUGUCAAGUGAUGAAGAGCAGCAGUGUGUCAGCAGCAAGUGGAGAAGGGAGCCCCCUGGUGGAUGGAGAGUGCUACUGCCUCCGCAGAAGCUUCAGGCCCAUCACCGACACAUGUACUCUGGAGAAAGCGUGCUGCGCUGUGGCGCGGUCAGUCAUGUGCGCCUGGUCAUCGCCCCAGAUGGCGGGGUCAGCCGGCUCAGGCUGUGGGGUAACAUCGCCUCCGGCCCCCCGGCCUCGGCCCACUCUGGCAGGCCAACAAAACCUGUCUCCAAACUGUGAUUCAAGUGUCCAAGUGUGUCUGUGUUAUGGCUACAGGUGACUGUACUGGCUCUUAAAAAGGGUACACUUCAUAUUUACAAAUAAAGACCAUUGAAG